CAGAAAGCUUAAAAAGCGUCGAUCGUCCUUUGAUAAUAAUCGCAGUAAAAAAGGCGGCUUAGCGAAAGAUUCUACCAAAUAGUUACUGUAAUUCGUACUGUGCGCUAAAAUGGCUGAAGAAGAACAGAUGCCCAUCAUUCCGGUCAAAGAGCCGCUGGAUCUCAUCCGGCUGAGUUUGGAUGAAAAAAUCUAUGUUAAAAUGAGAAACGAGCGCGAACUAAGGGGACGGUUGCAUGCAUUCGAUCAACAUCUUAAUAUGGUACUUGGCGACGCAGAAGAAACAGUGACCACGGUUGAAAUCGACGAAGAAACCUAUGAAGAAGUGUACAAAACUACCAAACGUACCAUUCCGAUGCUGUUCGUGCGAGGUGACGGUGUGAUACUGGUUUCCCCGCCGAUGCGAGUCGGUAGCUAAAGGCCGCCCCCUACUGUACGAUCCUACUAUUCUGCUUGUACACGGAACAACAUGAACUGUGUUGAACGAAUA